CACCAGCCGUGUCGGCGUGCAAAACAUGUGCGGAACAACGGUUUCGGAAUUACACAUUGUUGUAGGGCAUCGCCGAGCUUGGCGAACACCUUGAGCUUUGUUGUGUUGAAUCUCAGUGUUGACAGAGGUUUGAUAUUCGCAAGGCAAAUCAUAAUUUCAGUCUUCACAGCAAGAAUACCACACCAGGUCUUUCAACAUGUCUCCCCUCAAAUCUUGGUUCAGUAUUCCCCGGGGAUCACACUUCUCACUGGCAAACAUUCCAUUUGGCAUCAUAUCAACCGCAUCUUCCACCUCCCCCCGCGUAGCAAUUGCCAUCGGAGACCAUGCUCUCGACCUCUCAGCCUUCGCAGCAAACAACGGCUUCUCAGACCUCUCAACAAUCCAGCCCCAUCAAGCCGUCUUCUCGCAGCCCUCCCUAAACGACUUCGCAGCCCUCGGCCGACCCAUCCACUCCAUAGUACGAAAGUACAUCCAAAGCGUCUUCCUCGACACCACCCCCUACCCAGACAUUUUAAAAAACAACCCCACCCUCCAAAAAGCCACCCUCCUCCCCCUCAGCGAUGUGAAAACACACCUCCCCUUCAAAAUAGGCGACUACACCGACUUCUUCGCCGGCCUAAACCACGCCUACAACUGCGGCGUCAUCUUUCGCGGGCCCGAGAACGCCCUGCAGCCGAAUUACAAACACCUCCCCGUCGGCUACCACGGCCGCGCCUCCUCCGUCGUGCCCUCAGGGACGCCCAUCCGGCGGCCCAACGGGCAGAUCCUGCUCGACCCCGGCGCCGUGCCCAAAGUCCCCACGCUCUCCCCGUGCCAAAAACUCGACAUGGAGCUCGAACUGGGCGCGUUUGUGUGCGGCUCAAACGAGCAGGGCGUGCCGAUCCCGAUCGACCAGGCAGAACAGAAUCUGUUCGGCGUCGUGCUGAUGAACGAUUGGUCUGCGCGCGAUAUUCAGGCCUGGGAGUAUGUGCCCCUGGGCCCGUUUAAUGCGAAGAAUUUCGCCACGACGAUCAGCACGUGGGUUGUUCUUGCGGAGGCGCUGGAGCCGUUUAAGACUGAGGGACUGCGCAAUGAUGUGGACGUGUUGCCGUAUUUGAGGGAGAGGGAUGAGAGGUCUGUGUAUGAUAUUAACCUUCAGGUUGAUCUUAAGACGUCUGCCCCCUCCCCCCCAACAACACUAACCCGCGUCAACGCGCGCAACCUCCUCUGGUCCUUCCCGCAAAUGCUCGCCCACCACACCAUCACCGGCUGUCCCUUCCGGCCCGGCGACCUGCUCGGCUCGGGCACCAUCAGCGGCACCUCGCCCGCCGAGUACGGCAGCUUCAUCGAGCAGAGCGAGAACGGCAAGCGGGCGAUUGCGCUGAGCGGCGGCGAGGAGCGCAUGUUUCUGCAGGAUGGGGAUGAGGUGACGAUUCGUGGGGUGUGUGGGACGGAUCUGGAUGCGUUGGUUGGGUUUGGGGAGUGUGUGGGGAGGAUUGAGGGGGCGGUUGGGGUUGGGGGUGGAUGA